UACGAUUACUUGGGGUUUCAGUUAUUUUCGCCCGGAAAAACACUUGCAACCUCUGUUUUUGAAUUUUUGUGAAAAUGUCAUCAUGUGACAUAGCUGACCAAAAAAUCGAGGGUUACGAAGCGUUCACUUCUUUGACGGAUACUUUAGAUAGCUGCGACAAAUCUGUUUUCUUGCUGUUUCGUGGUUCAAAUAAUGACAAAGGAGUCAGCUGGUGUCCUGAUUGUGUCAAAGCCGAACCCAUCAUAAAAGAUGUCUAUGACUCUCUCGACAACAAACACACUCGUGCUUUGAUUCAAGUUAGUGUUGGAAACAGAGAAGUAUGGAAAGACCCCAAAUGCUCUUUUCGCACUGACCCUCGUCUCAAACUUACUAAUAUUCCCACAAUUAUUAAAUGGAAAGGAGGAAGAAUAAUUGAUGACGAAUGUUCCAAAGUAGAUGUCCUGAGAAAAUUUUUCUUGGGAUGAACCUAGUGUUUCAGAGCUAAAUUUUGAAAUUUUGUAAAAUCUUUAAUAAACGAAAAUAUUUUUGCAGAUGUGGUUCAGUUUUUGAAGAAUUGAUUUCUUGAUAUAUCUAUGUAUCAAUUGUGAAAGUGCGAAACCACAUAUCUCCGUUUGCGACUUUACAGACUCCCUGUCAUGCUUUAGUAUUUUUUUUUAGAAAAUUAUUUUAUGUAAUAUUCCUUGAUUUUGUCCUCUCUAUUAGUAGAAUAUUUUGCACAAAUUUCAAGCUACCAGGUUGGUUUUUUUCCUCUUUGAAAAAAUAAAAUCUGAGCGGAAAGUUAGAAGCAGCACACUGGCAGUGGAGAUAUGUUGAUUUGCACUUGGCCCAUUAGUAUUUGAAAUAAUUGACAUGUCAACAUCGUCAAAAAAAAAAAGACCUUUUUGCUGGAAAACUCAUGACUGAAUCAUCAGUAAUGUUAUGCAUGGAAGUAUUUUACCAACAUUUUGUAAUUAAAAACUUACGCUCACAA